CGCUCAGCCCGGGAAACUUUCGCCACGGUACUCUUGAGAGAAAAUGCCUUCCCUAUGGGACUAUCUCCACUUUAACAGACAGUACAACAACAAGAGAAACUUAGAAGAGGGGCUCUUCCAAAUUGCCUCGCAGACCUGUAACAUCCUGGUCAAAGUGAACAACACAAACAACAUCAACCUGACUCGGAACGACAGGAGCGAUGAGUACGGGUGCGCUGGCCCGCCUAAAGGGCCCGCUAAAAGUUCUAUGCAGAUCUGUGUGCCCAAGUUCCGGAAAAACUCCAUAACUUCAGGCUGCAACCCCGGACUAUCGACUGUGCUCGAGACUGGGAGUGUGGGGAACGCAUCGUCGUCUGAUGAGGAGUUGGAGCAGUGGGAACAAAUAUUUAUGAUGAGAGAUGAAAACGGGAACAGCUAUAACGACAAGAGGAAGAAGAAAAGCAUAUGGUGCAGGCCAUCGUGCAUUCCCGUAUCUAUAGUGAUAGUUCUCAUCGUACUGGUGGUACUGGUGCCGCUGCUGGACCAGCCCCACACAGCGCAGACCGCUGUCCCCAGUGCACCCGUUGAUAUGCAUUGCUCAGAUGAGUGUAGGUUUUCUUUAGUAGAGAGUAUACCGGAGGGUCACAUGUAUCCUCCAAACGUAACACAUCUUCCCACUAAAAACGCGUGGCUAAAUCUCAUAGACGAAGCUCAAACAUCCAUAGAAAUAGCAUCCUUUUACUGGACCCUUAGGUUUAAUGAGAUGUAUCCAUAUAACUCCUCAAUAGAGGGAGAGCAAGUGUUCCAAGCUUUAUACACUGCCGGGUCAAAACGAAAAAUUAAUUUAAAAAUUGCUCAAAAUUGGCCCACUAAGUUAUAUCCUAAUGUAGAUACUGAAUAUUUAGUUAAGAAAAAAGCUGCACAGGUCAGGAGUUUAAAUUUUUCCAAGCUCCUGGGCAGUGGUGUUCUCCACACAAAGUUUUGGAUAGUAGAUAGAACACACUUUUACAUUGGAAGUGCCAACAUGGACUGGCGGUCUUUGACCCAAGUAAAAGAGUUGGGUAUAGUCGCCUACAACUGUUCCUGUCUUGCCACAGACUUGGGAAAGAUAUUCGAUGUGUACUGGACGUUAGGAGCGCCGGACGCAGUGGUGCCCGACGAGUGGCCGGAGGAGCUGGCCACAGAUAUCAAUAUGGAACACCCCAUCAACAUGAACGACUCGUUCGGCGCGUUCAUUACGAGUUCCCCACCACCCUUCAGCCCGACAGGUCGUACUAAUGACGAUGACGCGAUCGUGGGCAUCAUGGAGGAGGCGGAAGAGUUUAUCUACAUCUCUGUUAUGGAAUACGCGCCGGCGCAAGAGUUCUCGCCGAAGAUUAAGUUCUGGCCGAAGAUAGACGACGCCAUCCGGCGCGCGGCACUCGAGCACAACGUAAAGGUCAAGAUGCUGAUCAGCUGGUGGCGCCACUCGCGCCCUUCUGAGGCGUUCUUCCUGAAGUCGCUGCUAGCACUGAAUCGUGUCUACCCUCGCGUGGAUAUACAAGUGAAACGUUUCCGCGUGCCCUCCACGCCUGAUCAAGACAAGAUCCCAUACGCUCGGGUCAAUCACAACAAGUAUAUGGUGACGGACCGCACGGCCUACAUCGGGACUUCUAACUGGUCGGGAGACUACUUCAUAGAUACCGCGGGCGUUGCUUUGGUGUUACAAGACGAGGCACACAGGACCGAAGGCAACUUCACGCAGGACAUCAGGCGACAGUUGCAGGAAGUGUUCGAGCGAGAUUGGAGCUCGCCCUACGCGAUACCCUUGAGGUUAUAGCAAAGUCUCACUACUGCAUCCUUCGUAGUCUAUAAUAUAACAUAUUUUAUCUUAUUACGAGAGUUUGACUUAAGUACUACUUUUCGAAAUUUUAAAUCUUUAUUGGCAUGAUCUUAAAAAGACAAGUUGCCAGUAUAUUAUUAUUUAUUAACAUUUGAAUUUAUAUUUAUUUGUAUAAAUUCAAAUGUUACCAUUUAUGAAAUACUUAAAUGUGAUCAGUAUUACUGCUCUACAUAAAAAAGAUACCAAAAUUAUAAAUGUAGUGUUGUCCCUUUUUUACGAUAAUUUGUCUAACGAAUUUAGUAUUAAGGGUUUGGGAUUAAUGUGAUUGGUUAGGUUUGGUCUUCAAUUCUUUCGGCUUCUUGGUCUAUAGUCGAAUACACUUGCUCAAAGGUAUUUUUGUGUGGAUUUUCGAAUUGUAUGUGUAUGUAAUGACACAUUGUGUUUAUUUUGUGUUGAGUGUUAGAAUAAUGGACGAAAUAUACAAAUGCGUGUCAUAUGUAUAAUAUAAGCAUGUGCCAACGUUACUUGGAACUUGCAGGUACAGUCGGUCUAAGCAUUUUGGAGUUUAAUUUUUAAUGGUGUGAUUUUUCGGUUUUUUUUAAUUUCGGAAGCACGCUAUUCGACUAUAGAUGGCGAGUUUAGAACCAUAGUGAUACAACUCGCAUUUUAUUAUAUUUACCAUGACUUGACAUGAGUUUACUUGCAUGAAGGGCAUGCAGGCCUAUUCUCUUAAAAAACUGGAAUCACUGUGGCUCUAACUUCGCCAGAUAUAAUACAUUAUAAAAUGUUCUGUAGAUAGCUUAAUUGCAAGUUUUACUUUAAAUUCCUAAUUAAAGGUUAGUGAGAAUGACAAAAGCAUUGAUAAAUGAGUACUGAAAAAAUCUGAAUGCAGUUAAAAUAAACUAAAAUCAUACAGUGAAAACUAUUGCAAUAACUUGAGUUAUGCGUGCACAGUAAUUAAGUUAACAAUGUAAUUUGUCAUCUUCCUAUUUCGAUGGAUUUUCUAAUUGAUUGAGGAUGAUCGCUACACGUUUUUUGAUAAUUUUAUAGUUUGAGAGUUAAUGAUUUGCUACUAUCGAGCUGGCUGUGGUAGGCAUGAAUAAUAUAAAUAAACAUUAUUAUUAUUAUGUAUGCUUUCCAAGAGUGAUUCUAUUCUAAAAUGUUUCGAAAUGAUCUAAUAAAUGUAAGUUGUACAAAAUACUCUUAUUUACUUCAAUAUUUCGAGUAAUAGUAAAGUAGAUGCUAUUUGAUGCUGUAUGACAGUGUGCCUUCAAUUUAUGAGUACUGUGUGAUAAAAUAGUAAAUUAUUCAGCUAUCGUGACUUCAAAUCACGACAUCUGAGCACCAUUAAAUUUAACUACAAAUAUAAACAAUAUUAUAAAUUUCGUGUAUAUGUAUAGUCAAACUUGCAUAUAAACUAGUCAAUAAAAAGAAAUUUUAACAGAGAAUUUAAUUUUAUACCUACUUGCAUAUCAUGUAAUAAAGUUACCCUGAGGAAUGAU